AGCUCCUGUUGUGCCAGCUCUAGUAGUUAAAGCGGUAAAUUUUUAGCUGUGUUCAAAGUUACCACGUUUUUCUCCCAAUUUGUGCAAAAAAGACAUCCAAAAGACGAUUUAAGAACGAUGCCUCCAAAAAACCAAAGACUUUCUUGCUGAGAUUCGGCAAUUGCCCCGCCGAAAAUCCACCACCGAUCCGCUGAAUGCGAUGGACCAAUCCCGAUGGAGACGAGACCCCUCCGUCGCUAUUUCAAUGGCUUCGUGUCUGGGGCAUGCGCUGAAUGUCCCCACAACGAUGUGAAACGAAUGGUGUCCUUGGUGGUUCGGGGCCUUGCUCCUGGCUCCUGUGGCCCAAGGCUAACCUGUUGACCAAAUGCAUAUUGCGCAUACGCCCCGUAAGGCGCUCGAGUCCAACAGAAGCAACAGCGUGUUCCUGUGCCCCUCCAGUCAGCGAUUCAGCGAGAGCUGAGCUGAGCGACUUCCCCUCAAAACGAAUACGAAUACGAAACGAAUACUCAUACUCGGACUCGGACUCAUAUUCAGUACUCGUACUCGGCACAGAGCCACCCCCGGAGACCGAGCAACACCUGGUGCUGGCCACGUAAGCCUGUUGCUGCUGUCUUCGCAGCAGCUGCUGCUGUUGCUGUUGCUGCUGCUGCGACUGUUGCUGCGUCGUCAUGGUCGUCGUUACAGUUACACACUUUCCACUUGUUGUGCCUGUGGGUGGGUGCUGCUGGGGGGUAGCUGUGUGUGUGUGUGUGCGAGCUGUGGGUGUGGGGUGUGGAUGAUGUCCUUCGGGCGUAAGGACGAGCAACGAAAGCGAGCAACACGAGGUGUCCUCGUCAGUCGGCCAGCGGCAGAGCAACAGAUGCUGUUCAACAUCCAAGCCCAACGGUUGUGCCACUCGCAAAACAGCAACAAGGAGCCACAGCAAGGAGCAACAGGAGAGGACACAAGCAUCCACCAAGCAACCGAGGGGCGAAAGUAGAAUCAGAAUCAGAAACAGAAAACGAAACUGUAAUCUCAUCCAUGCAACAAGUCAAGACAAUAUUCAUUUUUUUAAAAGUGCCAAAGAUCAGUGUUUGUGUCACAGAAAUGUGUACUUGUAUUUAUUUUAUUGUGUGUUAAACAAAAAAAAAAAUAUACAAAAAUGCAAUAGUUAUCAAAGAAGUCACACUUGAACUACCUGAACCUGAACCUGAACCCAAACCUGAACCUAAAUCUGAAGCUAAACCUGAACCUGAGCCCUAAACAGCCGCCAAACAGUACAACAGACAUAGAAAGCCUUGAAAAGCCAAAUAAAUACCUGAUACGAUCCUGAAAGGAGGCGGAACGAACCAGGACCUGCAAAGCAACAGAUGCUUUAUACUAUAUAUACCUAUAUAUCAUCAGCUAAUAUCGGCUAAAUGCCCAAAGUAAAGACAAAAUCAGAAAGCAAAGAAAGCUAAACAGCAAAAGGAAAAAAUCAACUUUACACAACACAAUC